AUGGAAAAGAAUGCAGAAGUUCUGAGUGAUCUUAUCAAGAUCAAUAAUGACAGGAUACGAGGAUAUGAAAAAGCCGCGAAAGAAACAGCAGAUAAAGAUGCAGACUUACGUGCAGUAUUCAAUGAUAUGGCAAGUGAAAGUCGUGAAUAUGUAGCGGAGCUGGAAGAAGAGCUUGCUAACCGCGACGACUCUCCGGGAGAUGAUGCUACACCAUACCGGCUGGAUAGCGCUAUGGAGCGGGAGUACGGUGAGUUUAUCGACAUGGCCGUUCACGACCUCGAUGCUCCCCUU